GCGAGCCUGGGCCAGGCCGGGCGAGCGCCGCGCGGGGGCUGCUCCGGAGUCGGGAGGCAGCGGCGCCGGACUACGCGACUCUCGCGGCGCGCGCCGCUCGGACGCCGCGGGCACCAUGGGCUGCUGCACCGGGCGCUGCUCCCUCAUCUGCCUCUGCGCGCUGCAGCUGCUCUCAGCUUUAGAGAGGCAGAUCUUUGACUUCCUUGGCUUCCAGUGGGCGCCCAUUCUUGGAAAUUUUCUACAUAUAAUAGUCGUCAUUUUGGGUUUGUUUGGAACCAUUCAGUACAGACCUCGAUAUAUUGUGGUGUAUACAGUAUGGACUGCCCUCUGGGUCACCUGGAAUGUGUUCAUUAUCUGCUUCUAUUUGGAAGUAGGUGGGCUCUCUAAGGAUACAGAUCUAAUGACAUUCAACAUCUCUGUACACCGGUCGUGGUGGCGGGAACACGGGCCCGGCUGUGUCCGAAGGGUGCUGCCCCCGUCAGCACACGGCAUGAUGGACGAUUACACGUACGUCUCCGUCACGGGCUGCAUCGUCGACUUCCAGUACCUGGAGGUCAUCCACAGUGCUGUUCAGAUUCUCCUCUCUUUGGUUGGUUUUGUGUAUGCCUGUUAUGUGAUCAGUAUUUUCAUGGAAGAAGAGGACACCUUUGAUUUCAUAGGUGGACUUACUGCACACCCCUACUACCAGGAUCAUGUUGAAUUAAAGCCUGUUCGUCUGUCGAAAUAAGUAAUGGCCUUGGCUCUGAAACGUGGCUGCUGAAUUUGACUUAGGAAGCAAAGCGCCGUGGACCACACCUCUCUGCAUCCACAUGUCUCACCUUCUUCCCGAGGAUGGGCUGCACCUCCCCGCUUCCCCAAGAGUCACAGCCUUCUUCGGUCACAGCCUAUGUAUUCUUAGCAUUAUUCGCUAGAUGAGUGGUGGGUGCUUGGGUGGGUAUUUUUUUAGUCAUUUCCUUCUUAUAGGAAUACUUGUAAAUUGUAAAAAAAAAUGGGUUUUUAAUUUUUUAACAAUAUUUAAUGUGAGGCAUGCAAAAUGAAAACCAUUCUCUGAAAAUCUUCUACCGCCAAUUCUAAGAGAAAUGCUGGUUUGUGUUGUUGAGCUGUGAAGUCCCUACCGCUGACUGCUGCGGUGAUCCCAGGCUGGACGGAGUUUGCAUUUGCGGACAGUACCUGGGGCUCCUCAGCAGGGAGUUAGAUGCUGUGGUUGACAGCUGAGAAAUGGAUACAGAUAGUGGAUCAGGCUUUCAGACUCAGCAGGGACCAUUUUUCAGCAUCACAAGACCAAAGGAGGAGUCCUAAUUUGUUCUCGAUUUUCCCAAAUGCAGAAUAAUUUUAUGGCAUCUGAAUGUUCAGAUUCACACAUGACAUCUUGUUCUUCCUAUGUUCUGAAAAAUAUAUGUCAUGGGAGUACGAAAGAGUGAAAGGACUAGUAGAGUAUCGUUCCCUCCAAAGGGUCUCUGGGUCUCUCUGAGGUUCAGAUUUUCUACUCUUUAUGCCACUCCUGACACUGGCAUCGGACCUAAAUAUACAGCUUGUGGCUCUUUGGGACAGAAAUCGCAACCAUAAACCUGCCGCCAGGAAUAUUGCUCUUAAGAUGUUCCAAAAAAGUAUUCAAAUGAUGUGGAAUUCUCCAUAAACACUUCUAAAGAAGAUAUUUAUAUUUGUCCUACAUCAACUUUUCUUUCUCCUUCCCCCUCCCAAUAACCAAGAAAGUCACAUGGGAAACAGAAUUUUCCAUGAAAAAAAAUUGUCCUGAAAACACAUCACAGUUUUUUCCAUUCCUGUCUUUCCAUGACUAUUUCCCAACUCAAAAUAAGCUUUGCUCAUGUUGUGUAACAACCAAGAUGAGGCCUUCUAUAGGCCAUGAAAUUGCAUCCAUGGGCACUAAUUAUCCAGAAGUUGUUAACUUGGUCCAUACAGCUCUAAGAAGCCAGCCUAAAACCAUCCAAAAUCGUGUGCAAAUUUUUGUAUGUGUGUAGAGGGGUUUUUUUUUUCCUUCUUCUUCUUCCUUGAAGCCCAUAUAUUUUAUGAGAUGCUUAAGAGUCAGAAUUUAUACAAUAAAUCCUGCUCUGGUUGCUCCCAGUUCAUGACAAACCCUGCGGGCUUCCUGGAGGCCUGUUUUGCUCAGAGCCUCUGGACUGUGCCUGGUCAGUCAGCUGACACCCACUGAACCCCAGCACUUUUCAUUCCCCUGAAUAAAUCCAAAUUCAGAAAGAAGAGGAGCUAGCAGGGACUGGGGAGAAGGCCCGAUCCAAGCUACCUUUGUACAGUUGAGGGAGCCUGAAGCCUCAUAAAUUUGGUGUGGGGCCUGGAGUCCUGCUGUGUUCAGAGGACACAAGUUACAGCCGAAGGAAGGAGAAGCUGGAGGGCGAAAGGGGGCCCUUGAAGCCCCAGCCCACCGCUGAGGUCUCAGACAGGGCUGGACACCUCAGCCCUGGAAAUGUCCUCAUCCAUAGAGCAGGACUCUAAUCUCCACCUCCCAAGGGUGUGGUGAGGAGUAGAUACAAAUGAAAAAUCAUUCCGUAAACUGUGCAGCACGCCACAGUUGAAAAGGGCAGUUAUUUCUGUAAUGUCAGACAGCACGUUGGAUCCUGUCUAGAGCUCUUGCGAUCCACCCACUCAAGUGAGGUGCAAAGCCCAUGCAAACGCCAGACUCUUCCAAGUUUUGUAAAAAGUAGCUUGAAAAAGUUGCCCAGAUUUAAGAGAUUAGAAAUAAGAUACACUAAACAUUGCAUUUCUCAAUUAAAAAAUAACUUUUGCAUUCCAAUGUCAGGACUAAUAUGAGUUAUUAUUAUGGAGAAAGCUAAUAGACUAUCAAAAUCAGUAAGACAGAAGAAUAAAAUUAACAGUUAAAUAUUGUAAACUAUCAUUUCAUCACCCCCCACACACACAUAAACAAAACACAGUGAACACUUCACAGACUAGAACCACGCUAACCUGUGCUGCUGUUUCACCCCCACGUAAGUGUACAUACGUCUCUGGUGCACUGCAGGGUCCUGGAGCUUGUCUCCCUGCAGGUGACAGAUCUGAGGAGGAAAGCCUUACACUGGUGGUUUUUCUAUGGCUAUUCAAUAGAGGUAACUACUUAAUAUGGUAUGUGUGUUUUUAGUUUUUAAUCUUUCUUCAUUUAUGUAAUUAAGUUGUAACUGUUUUCAACCCCCAAUCACAGCAAUCCAGAAUAAUUCUAAAGUUCCAGAAAAUGUGCCAAUCAUCAGAAACAAGUCGGAUCUCCCACCCCUCCUCCUCCCUCCCUGCCUCUCCUCUUCCUGGUCAGUCGUUAGAGGUUCUGCUUACUUAAGACCAAAGGAUGAAAAGAAGUGUAAGGUUGUGCAGUAACACUCGGCCGCCGCCCUGUGACCGGGGUGAUUCCGACGCGGUACCCUCGAGCGGGCUGCCUCUUACACGCGACCAUGGCCGGGUUCUGCAGCUUUUGCCCCUCCCCGCCCACACUGCACCCUGCGUCAGGAAGCAGGGUUUCGACAAGGACGUGUUCACUGUAUCUACGAUCUUGCCAAAUCUUGACUUCUCUGUAUGCAAGUGUGUGUCUGCUCAGGGCGAGGGAAGAUGAAGGUGUAUAUUCAGCCUGUAUUCAUUUGCUAGGAUCUCCGCAUCCUAAGAGAUGGUCCAGCGCCAGGUUCAAGCACUCUCCUCAGAAGUGGUCCUGGUAAAGCUGGAGAUAGGACACCCAUUACCCAUCAUCCCCAGUGCUGACGGGAAUGGAGAAGGGGAAAGUUAAAAUCAAGGUUUAUUUUCCUCUCUGAACAAACCUGGGAUGGUGUCUUGGGAACCUUGGUCAAACCUGCCCUGGCCGUGCCUUCUAUCUUCUGUCAGUGACUUACCCUUAUAUGUGUGGAGUCAUAGGCCACUGGGAUGCUUUCCAUUUACCUUUUAUUUCAGCUUCCAGCCAUGUUUCAAAGCAGCAAAAAUUAAGCAGGGGAGUGGCGGGGGGCAGAGGGGGUUACUUAGAGAAGUCCCAAGGGACAGAAUACAUUUUUGGGGUGUGGAGCAGCCUACGUCAGAGAAAUCUCAAACACCCCGUGGGAGAAGCUCCCAGCUAGUAGGUCCACAAGUAUCUUAGCCUUCCAUCUGCCAAACAACGUGAGGGUACGUGUCCCUGAAACAAAACUUAUGUCCACAUCACUCCCCUCUGCGAGGCUGUUGGCAUCCUUGUUUUGAGGAUAACUUGACAUCUUGCCUAGCAAAAUAUUGACUUCUUUCUUUUUUCCUUCAGAAAAAUAAGCCCUGCUAUCUCCUCUAGACCUAAAAAAAGGGACAAGCCAGCUUCAGGAGGCUGCAUCUAACAAAACAAAGCAAGGCUGCCAUCUGUCUCACUUAAUGAAUGGGACACUCGUGAUGGAGAGGAAUCUGUCUUCAUCACCAUCAGCUAAAAUAUACAUUGCCAAUCCGGGGAGAGCCAUCAUGACUCUGCUAAUUGAGAAGCAAGUAAAAACCAAAAUUGCUCUUUUCAAUCUUUGCAAAUUAGAAAGGAAUCUUGCCAAGAAUAAACAGAUCUUCAUUUCAUACCUAAUUUAAAAAUGUAUAGUA